CCAAGAUCGAGAGCUGUAGCUGCAACCUGCAGCAGACGCAUAUGUCCGUCGCCGCCGCCUUGGGCCGCGCCGAUGAGCUCCGCGCGCUGGACGACACCCUCGCCGGCGUCCGCGGCCUUGUAGCGUCUGGUGCGAAGCAAGUUCCUCGCAUCUUUCGCGUCCCCUACCCGGAGGAGCUACUCCACCAUGAACAACCGCCAGCGGCGGCGACCGUCCCGGUGAUCGAUCUCAGCGGCGACCGCGCAGCCGUGAUCGACGCCGUCCGUGGGGCGGCGGCGGGGUGGGGGUUCUUCCAGGUCACGGGCCACGCGGUGCCCGAGCAGGUGAUGUCAGCAGCCGUGGCGGCGAUGCGGGCGUUCCACGAAGCCGACGGCGGGGAGGGCAGCGACAAGGCGCGGCUCUACUCGCGAGAGCCCGGGAGGGCGGUCAAGUACCACUGCAACUUCGACCUGUACCAGUCUCCCGUGGCCAACUGGCGCGACACGGUCUACCUGCGGAUGGCACCUGACCCUCCCGCCGCCGACGAUCUGCCGGAGAUCUGCCGAGAUGCACUGUUUGAAUACGCCAAACAAGUGAAAGAUUUGGGGCAGAGGUUGUUUGGGCUGCUCUCCGAAUCCCUCGGGCUCAAACCGAGCUACUUGACAGAUAUUGAGUGCGACCAGGGACAGAUUAUACUUGGGCACUACUACCCUCCAUGCCCCCAGCCUGAACUCGCCAUUGGGACAAGCCGGCAUUCAGACUCCGGCUUCCUGACCAUACUACUGCAGGACAAAGUUGGCGGCCUCCAGAUCCUCCAUGAUGGUCAGUGGGUCGACGUUGCACCGACGCCUGGAGCAUUCAUCGUCAACAUAGGCGAUCUCUUGCAGCUGGUCUCUAACGACAAGUUCAGCAGCGUCGAGCACAGGGUGGUAGCCAAGAAUGCUGAACCAAGAGUUUCGAUCGCGUGCUUUUUCAGCACCCAUUUCCAUCCCGCUUCGACAAGAACGUAUGGCCCAAUCAAGGAGCUGCUGUCCGAGGAGAACCCUCCUUUGUAUAGGGAAACACUCGUGAGAGAGUAUGUUGCACGUUACUACUCUGUUGGCUUGGAUGGAAAACAGAAGACUGCUCUAGCUGAUUUCAGGUUGUGAAUUCUGAACGACAUCUUAUUUAACAGCAAAAUGCAAAUGUUGGGGCGGUAUGUAUCGUGUGAUAAUACCAAGGGGAAGAUUAGCUGCUUGUAACAUUCCCUAAUUAAUGUAAAUUUAUGCUCGAUCGCCACAACAGAAGUACACAUGUUUGUAUGAGCCUGAAUUUGAAUUGAGUUUGGAGUUUGGACUCUGGACGUAUAUUACUGAAACACAUAAUAAGAUGUUUCUUCUAUGCC